UACUAAAGCUUCGAAGGUGUCCAUGGCCGAGCUCGAGGGCUUGACCGAGUUGCGUUGUAUGGUGGUGGGUGGGUGGUGGCGGUGGGGAUGAGCUGCAACGGGUGCCGCGUGCUGCGGAAGGGGUGCAGCGACGAGUGCAUGCUGCGGCCGUGCCUGCAGUGGAUCGAAGGCGCCGAGGCGCAGGGCCACGCCACCGUGUUCGUCGCCAAGUUCUUCGGCCGCGCUGGACUCAUGUCCUUCCUCGCCGCCGUCCCCGAGCCGCAGCGCCCAGCGGUGUUCCAGUCGCUGCUGUACGAGGCGGCGGGGAGGACGAUCAACCCGGUGAGCGGCGCGGUGGGGCUGCUCGGGGCGGGGAACUGGCACCUCUGCCAGGCGGCGGUGGAGACCGUGCUGCGCGGCGGCAGCAUCCGCUCGCUGCCGGAGCUCGACGGCGGCUUCUCUGCAGCCGCCGGUCGCGACCCGCUAGCUUUUAUGGCGAGGCGGGCAGUGGGGUGCUCGAUGUUCUCGGCGGGGAAGUGGGCGACGACGAGGAACGCGGUGGCCGCCGCACCGGAGCCGUCGUGCGACCUCGGGCUGGGGCUCAGCCCCAGGUCGCCGCCGGCGCCGGGGGAGCGUCGACCGAGGCGGGUCGGCACACCGUCGAUGAACUCCGAGGAGUCCGUGACGACGACGACGAGCGGCGGCGGGAGGGAGCCCGAGCUGCUGAACCUUUUUGUCUGAGCUGUGUAGACGCUCGUGUGCCUCUCAGCAGUGUACUGUGCUGUAUCCCGGCGAAACUAUUUGCUAGCCCCUCGCCGGCGAGGUGUCCCUAGCGGUCUUUUCUUUUUGGGGCGGCGUAGAACCGUCGACAGACAUGAGAGCGCCGGCGCCGGUGCCGGUGCCGCCGUCCGUUAACUAUUUCUUUUGUUUCUUCUCCACUUUGUUGGCAGCAACACUGCUCGAUCGCUGAAUAAAAAGUACAGUAAAGCUA